AGCUACAUGAAGUACCGUAAUUUCCGGACUAUAAGCCGCUACUUUUUGCACAAGCUUUGAACCCUGCGGCUUAUAGUCCGGUGCAGCUAAUGUAUGAACAAAACCGGAUUUUCCCCUAAUUUUAGCAUGUGCGGCUAAUAUUCAGGUGCGCCUUGUAGUCCGGAAAAUACGGUACAUUUGUAAGAAUUUCAAGUUUUUGUACUUGUUGAAUCAUUUAUAUUUAUUAAUAAUACAGUUUAACUUCCUUCAUAGAGAUAAUUUAUUUUACAGACGAAGCUGGUACUGUUUUUACUGUGCUUCAUUUGUUAAAAGUAUAUAAUUAAAGUAAUUAAAUUAGCCAGCUUUUAAACAGUCAUCUAAUACAAACUCUAUAGGACUCUCAAAGUGCACAGUUUGCAUAAAGACCAUUAGAGUGCCGUGAUCAUUCUUCUGUAUUGUUUUUGAUUACAAGGAGGAGUACUCUUACAUUUCCUCUCCUUAGUAAACAGAUGUAAUGAGUCUAGUGUAGUUUAUGUGUGUAAAUGCGUGACAGCAACAUCCUCCAUGUCCGAGGUAAUCAGGAUUAGCCUCCGUCACAGAACAUCCACUAAAGCCUUACCUAUAAAUCUGCUUUCUUUCAGCAACUCUGUUUUUCUAUGUUUCAUUUCAACAUCUCUUCUCACCAUUGCUUUUCCUUGUUGUUCUAAAUCUCUUCUACAAUAAAUAAACAUUUUAACCAAAGGCGAACACUGUGCACCACUAUGCUUUUCUGCAAAGUUUCUCCAAAAUCAGAGACCAUUGCUUGAUUUACAAUUCUUCAGUUGCAUUCUCUACCUCCCCUCUGAGUUCAAAUCUAACCCUGCUCUGUGUCUUGUGCAGAUGUUCAAUUAGGAUUGAGGCCACUACGCUGACAUAUUCCAGCCAUUGGCCAAGGUUCUGUGUCAUCGAACUGUUCUCCCAGUUUAUCCCCAGCUGAGCCGAUAAUGGGAUAUGCCCGCUGCCUCAUCACCACCAUACAUUCUUCUGUAAUUCUGACUCUCAAGCAAUCAACAGGCCUAACUGGAUGCAGAUGGCUCGCGGUCCAGCAUUGUGCCUCGACCUUCAGGUGGUGCUGGGUAAUCCUGUUAGCUCCAGCCAGCCUUUGCGGAAAUCCCAGCAGAACUGUGCUGGCUGUGCCGCACUCUGGAUCUCUACUCCUCCGGCAUGCAGAAACACCUGUAGACACGCAGGAUGUUUAACUGGGUGGUGAAAGUGGUCCCCCAACUCCCGUCAUCUGAAGGGAUGGAUGACGGUGUGAAAACCUCUGCUCCCAGAGUGAAGAGUCCUCCACAGAAAAACGCAGAAGAGAACUCACAGGACAGCCAGAACCAGACUGGAGUUUUAGGCUGGCUGUCAAAUGGCUUCGUCAGCGCCAUGCCUCAGCCUACCGGCUCCCCUCGACUCAGCAGGUCCAACUCUGAAAGGAUGGGGGAAAAUGAAGAAAGGUCUGGAGUGAUGGGCUGGGUCGCUCAGGGUCUGACAAAGGUGUUGCCUCAGCCGGAUGAAAAGUAUAAAGAGAUUGAGGACACUCAGGAACACACUGAGAUCUAUGAGGUAGCAACAAUGCCAGAUUUUGAUCCCCUCCCUCACAUUCCUGUGGUGGAGAUGGAAUCAGAGGAUGAGGAUGAGCCUGAGCCCCCACAAUUUCCUCCUAAUGUGGUGAACUGGAUAAAGCAAAUGGUCCCUCAACCCCUUAUACUGCCCCCUGGUGCCGUACCCUUAGAACCAUCAACCAAGUCCUCCCGCUCUUCUCUGGACAAAAUUUUGUCUCCACCACCUGAGUCUCUCAGUGGAAUCUCACUGGAUACUGACGGCAAGGCUCCAAGUAUGGUUGGCUGGUUCAUGUCAGGCCUGGGCCUGAAGAUCCCUCAACCUGCCGUUCAAAUCAAAGAUGAUGCUCAGGCUGCCGCUGAAGUUCUAAAGAAAGCUUCAUCCAAACUCAGGCCUGACAUGGUACUAGAAGAUGUGGACUCAGACAAUGAGGGCCCGGAGAAAUGUAAAGAUCAGUCCACAGUCGCAGCCCCAAACACAUCAGUGACUACGGCCUCAACGAACACACAGCAGGCAGAGUCCAAUCCCGAACCUGAGCCAGAACCGUCAGACAACGGGACCAAAUCUCAAGAAGAUGCUGAGACCCAGACGGGCCGCUGGACGCCGUUCAUUGAAAACAUCAAGAAGGAGGCCGAAGGUGUAGCUAUGGCUAGCAUGGAGGAACGUCUGCUGCAGGAGCGCUCGGAAAUGGCACGUAUGGCUGAGGAGGUAGCACGGACCACAGCUGAGAAUGCCAUUAGACAGAUGGUCAGUGAGUCCAUCAAACUCUCACUGGGGAGUCAAGACCUCCUGGAUGAGGAUUACGAGGAGCCUGAUGCUGAGUUGCAAGAUCAACAAGAAGAGGAGAAUGAAGUUGGCCGUAAAGUAUCAGAAAGGGAGAAGAGCCUUUCUGAGGAGACUGAGGAACCUACCAUUAAGGAACCAGAGCCAAAGGAGCAAGCAAAGCCACAGCGGAGUUCCCCGUCCCCACCUCCAAAACCUGAACCGGUUAAGAUCCAAGAGCCUGAGCCAGAGUCCGAGCCAGAGUCCGAGCCAGAGUCAGAGCCAGAGCCCGAGCCAGAGUCGGAGCCAGAGUCAGAGUCUGAACCAGAAACUAAGUCAGAAUCAAAGGCCCGGGAAGCCAACUCAGGAUCUGAGCCUAUAACCCAGCAGCCGCAGAAGGCAAAGGAAGACGUUCAAAGCAACAACGCUGACAACGCUGCUGAAAAAAAGGAGGAAGCUACCGAAGACGGCUGUGGUGCUCCAGUCAGCUGUGAUGCAUUUAAGAGCUGCCUGAUGCGCCUUCCUCACACCUCGGAGUGCCUCGGCAACAUCAACGCGUUCUUCAAAGAGAACGGCAUCUCCAUUCCCAAAAUACCCCCCAUGCCUAACCUACCCACCCAGCUUCCCACCCAGCUCUCUGACGUUACCAAGUACUUACCUUCCCUCCCCCCUGAGUUGCGCCAGGAGCUCUCCCAGAUCCGACUCACCCAGGUCCCCCGAAAUAUUGCCCAGACUCUGACCGAGCUUUUGCCCAAAAACUCUGACGGGUCAGUCGGCCCAAGUCUGUCCAGUAUCUCCCAGGGAAUUUCAAACAUCCCGCAGAAGCUCUCCACGAUUCCCACACGGGCGCAGCAGUACUUCCUCAAUGUCCAGAACCGCCUCAACAGCCUUAUGCUCAAGAUGCCUAAGAAACAACAACAACAACAACAGCCAAAACAGAAGCAAGACGAGAUUCAGCAUGACGUGGAACUGAACCGGCUCGUCCGGCAAUCCCCUCUCUCUCCUCCUCACCACCCUCAGCUCCGGUCCCGUUCCCCGUCUCCCUCCUCCCUCAACGGCAGCACCCUCGAGUUGCCCAAUGUGCCAUCCUACCCGCGCCUGCCGCCUAUCGUCAGCCCCCCCUCAAAGCAGCUCAACUCAGCGUUCCGCCAACUCUCAGGUCUCUCCAACCCGGCGUUCUUCAUUGAAGACGACUCAGACAUUCCAGCAAUAAGACCCACAGAUAGCUCGAGCCUCAGCCUUCGCCCAGCUGUCAAUGUAGAAGAUGUCGACUCCGACCAUGAGAGAGGAGGCGAAGGAGGAGCAGGAGGAGGUGGGGAGUGUAAGAGCAAUAUCCGUCAAAUCCUCACCCCCCAGGACCCCAAAGUCACCACCCUCACUGUCCCUGUGACCCCUUCAGGAGGUCGCCAAAGCAGUGGGAGGAAUCGCAGGAGUAUCUGGACAAAGAUAAGGACCCUUCACUCUCAAAGUGAAGAUGAUGAUGAAGAAGGAAGCACCCACGUCAGAGCCUGGCCCAGCCAGUCCAGCCUGCACAGCUCAGAAGACAUAAUGAAAGAGCGGCCAGCGUCUUCAGCCAGUCAGACCAGUACGGUGGUGAAUGAGCGUCUCCAGGAGCUGGUCCGGAUGUUCAAAGAUAGAACGGAGAAGGCGAAGGAGAAACUCAUAGACCUGGACAGCUCCGAUGAAGACAGCAUCGUACCCUCUCCUCCUCAGGCUACGGUUGCUCAGCCUGAAGCUCAGCCAGUGGUCGACGGCGAGAAGGAGGCAGAGGCAGGUCCAUCAGGAGGAAGAGGAGGAGGAGUGGAGAGUGGAAUAGAGGAGCAGCAGUCUGGCCGCUGCUGCAAGGUGAAAACUCCACGGUGGAUAAACGCUUGUGUGCACUACCGCUUCCCUGCCAGCAUCGACCCUUUCACCAACUUGAUGUACGUGCUGUGGAUGUUUUUGGUCUCUCUGGCGUGGAACUGGAACGCGUGGUUCAUCCCGGUGCGCUGGGCCUUCCCCUACCAGACUCCCGACAACAUUUACUACUGGCUGCUGACCGACUACCUGUGUGACCUCAUCUACAUCCUGGACAUCACCAUCUUCCAGCCACGCCUGCAGUUCAUCCGAGGAGGAGACAUAGUGUGUGACAAAAAAGAGAUGAGAAAGAAUUACAUGAAAACCAAACGCUUCAAGUUUGACGUCGCCAGCCUUGUUCCCCUGGAGGUCUUCUAUUUUAAAACUGGCAUCAACCCUCUGCUCCGCUUACACCGGCUGUUAAAGAUCAACUCUUUCUUUGAGUUCAAUGAGCGUCUCGAGGCCAUCUUGACCAAAGCCUACAUCUACAGGGUGAUCCGCACCACCACCUACCUUCUCUACUGUCUCCACUGUAAUGCCUGCCUGUACUACUGGGGCUCUGCAUACACAGGGCUGGGCUCGACAAAGUGGGUGUACAACGGCAAAGGCAACAGUUACAUUCGCUGUUACUACUUUGCUGUGAAGACCCUGAUCACCAUAGGUGGUCUUCCAGACCCCACCACCCUGUUCGAGAUUGUCUUCCAACUCAUCAACUACUUUGUCGGAGUCUUUGCCUUCUCCAUCAUGAUUGGACAGAUGCGUGAUGUGGUCGGCGCAGCCACUUCAGGUCAGACCUACUACCGCACAUGUAUGGACAACACCAUUAAAUACAUGUCCUCAUAUCGCAUUCCCAAAGACGUGCAGAACCGUGUCAAAACCUGGUACAACUACACUUGGCAAUCACAAGGCAUGCUGGAUGAGCAGGAGCUGCUGACUCAGCUGCCAGAUAAAAUGCGUCUGGACAUCGCCGUAGAUGUCAACUACUCCAUCGUCAGCAAAGUCGCUCUUUUUCAGGGUUGUGACAGACAGAUGAUCUUUGACAUGCUGAAAAGCCUUCGCUCUGUCGUCUACCUGCCUGGGGAUUAUGUCUGCAAAAAGGGGGAGGUGGGUCGUGAGAUGUACAUCAUUAAGGCGGGGGAGGUGCAGGUGGUUGGAGGACCUGAUGGAAAGACCGUGUUUGUCACUCUCAGAGCAGGAUCAGUCUUCGGAGAGAUCAGUUUGCUUGCAGUAGGCGGGGGUAACAGGCGCACAGCAAAUGUUAUCGCUCAUGGAUUUGCCAACCUCUUCAUCCUGGACAAGAAAGACCUGAAUGACAUCCUGGUGCACUACCCAGAGUCUAAGAAACUGCUCCGCAAGAAGGCCAGAAAGAUGCUUACCAAGGGAAAGAAACCUGAGCCCAAAGAAGAGCCUAAAGGUCCCCCUCAGGCCCCGGCAGCCCCUGUAAGACCGGAAACCCCCAAACUGCUGAGAGCAGCCCUGGAGAUGACGGAGAGAUCCACGGGUCUUAAAGGAGCUCUGGCUAAAGUCAAAGAGAAGACCAACAAGUCCAGUGUCUCAUUGCAGCCCUCCAUCUGCUCCUCCCUGCCUCCUCCAUCUCCCACCUGCAGCUCCGGACAUGACAGAGAUGUAGACACACCGUCACCGCUCUCCACCAGCUCCGCCACCUUUCGCUCUGCCUCCCGUUGUCGCAACAACAACAACAACUCUGCGAUGCCUCGCUCUGCGUCACCUUGCCACGGUGAUGCGGAGGAAAUGCUCGCUAUAGACCAAGGAGAGGAGGGUGUCAGCGAAGACGAAGGGAAUGAGGGUGGGAAGAGGAAAGAAAAGAAGUUGUGAUCAUUAUUUAAAGGACAAAGCAAGAGGAGAGGGGAAAUUGAUGUGAUGGAAGGGGAAUAGAGAGCGGUUUAAAGAGGCCCUAUCAUAUACAUUUUUAUCACCCUACAUUUUUGGGUUUUCCUUUUCCUAAUAAUGUAUCACCAUGUAGAACUCGCUCUUUUAUUGGCUUGCGCUCCAACAAAUUGUAUUGAUAGGCUAAGCGUGACAUCUCUAAGCGGAUGACCAAUCACAACAGAGCCGGCCAUCUAACCAAUCAGAGCAGACUGGGCUCUGGUUUCAGACAGGGUGAAAAGAGGAGCUGCAGCACAGGCAGUAGGAGAAAGAUAAAGCACUUUUUGAACAUAAAAGCAUGGAGACAUGUCACAGUAGAGGCGCAAAGUACAAUAUCAACCUGGAAAUGCGUAUAAUAGGGCCUCUUUAGUGGGAGUUGUGUGGGACAGAAUUAUCAAGGUAGAACUGUAUUCUUCUCUGACCUUUUCUGAAAAUGUAGACUUGUUGUCCGCUAUAUUUUGACUCUUGUGUCAAAUUUCAUCGACCCUGAUUCUCUAAUUGUUGCUUUUUUAGUUCUCUAUCAACCUCCAAACACUGUUCAUGUCAGUUUUAGAUCACCAAAUGUAAGAGCAAGCCUUCCCCAACUCUUCAGACUCAAAGCACAUUUUCAUAAUCUUCUCUGCGUUUACGGUACACAGUUGAAUGUAUGAUGGUGAUGAGUGGAUCCUGCAAGGGAUACCUUAGUUAAGCUAUGACAGAAAAGUAAGCUUCUUGUCUUUCUGAAACACAUGUUUUUGCUGUUGUUGUCUGCUGACUGUUCACAGAUUCUUUUGUAAACUUGGAAAAACAAUCUGCCUUAUCUGUGUUGUUAUUUACAUCUGUGUUGUGUUGUGUUGUGUGAGUAGCUUGCACUGCUGAUACGUUCACCUGUUGGUUUGAAUAGCAGAGACUUAGUGAAACUGUAUUUCCAGUUGUAACAUGAUCAUCAUGUUUUUUUGUUUAUUUUGUAUAAUAUUGUAAAUAUAUUUGUUUUGGGAAAUUUAGCUGAAUCACGUUUCCAUGUAAAUUCACUACGCAGUCACAACAUGUACAUAGAUUCUGAUAAUACUAAAUGUUUAAUCUGUGCUGAAAAUGAUAAUGUACGUCUUUGUUAGAUUAGUUUGUGAUAUGACCCCAGAAAAGGGGUGAAUAAACCAGCUAACCAUACUGCCAGACAAUCUGUAGAAAGAAUGAUCUAUGUUGUUUCCUCUUUAUUGUUUACGGUGUGUGUGUGUGUGUGUGUGUGUGUGUGUGUGUGUGUGUGUGUGUGUGUGUGUGUGUGUGUGUGUGUGUGUGUGUGUGUGUGUGUGUGUGUGUGUGUGUGUGUGUGUGGUGAGAGAGGUG